GGCAGCUCCUGGGUGCAGGUGCCAGGUAGGUGGCUCCAGCCAGCCCAGCCCCAGCAUGAGCUCCUUCGACCUGCCGGCGCCCUCCCCACCUCGCUGCAGCCCCCAGUUCCCCAGCAUCGGCCAGGAGCCUCCUGAGAUGAACCUCUACUAUGAGAACUUCUUCCACCCACAGGGCGUGCCCAGCCCUCAGCGGCCCUCCUUCGAGGGGGGCGGCGAGUAUGGGGCCACCCCCAACCCCUACCUCUGGUUCAACGGGCCCACCAUGACCCCGCCACCCUACCUGCCCAGCCCCAAUGCCAGCCCCUUCCUGCCCCAGGCCUAUGGCGUGCAGAGGUCGCUACUGCCCAGCGUGUCGGGGCUUGGGGGUAGCGACCUGGGCUGGCUGCCCAUCCCUUCGCAGGAGGAGCUGAUGAAGCUGGUGCGGCCCCCCUACUCCUACUCGGCUCUCAUCGCCAUGGCCAUUCAUGGGGCACCCGACAAGCGCCUCACCCUCAGCCAGAUCUACCAGUACGUGGCGGACAACUUCCCCUUCUACAACAAGAGCAAGGCCGGCUGGCAGAACUCCAUCCGCCACAACCUGUCGCUCAACGACUGCUUCAAGAAGGUGCCCCGGGAUGAUGACGACCCGGGCAAAGGGAAUUACUGGACCCUGGACCCCAACUGCGAGAAGAUGUUCGACAAUGGAAAUUUCCGCAGGAAAAGGAAGAGAAAAUCAGAUGUUUCCUCCAGCACAGCCACCUUGGCCUUAGAGAAGACAGAGAGCAGUCUCCUGGCAGGCAGCCCCAAGACCACAGAGCCUCAGGACAUCUUGGAUGGAGCCUCCCCAGGGGGCACCACCAGCUCCCCAGAGAAGCAGCCCUCCCCUCCCCCAUCGGGCACCCCUUGCCUUCACAGCUUCCUCUCCUCUAUGACAGCCUAUGUGAGCGGGGGGAGCCCCACGAGCCGCCCCUUGGCCACACCAGGACUGAGCCCUGAGCCCAGUGACAAGACGGGGCAGAACUCACUGAGCUUCAACUCCUUCUCCCCGCUCACCAAUCUCAGCAGCCACGGUGGUGGGGGUGACUGGGCAAACUCCAUGCCCACCAACACGCUCGGCUACGGAGGAUCUGUGCUCGGCCAGUUCAGCCCUCACUUCUACAACAGUGUCAACACCAAUGGUGUCCUCUACCCCAGGGAGGGCACUGAGGUCUAGGAGAGGUGGAUGUUUGUCUGAGAAAACAAUGGCCUCAAGGGAGGGACUCGGGCCCACCCUCACAGAGGGUCUCUGCGUGAUCUCCUGGGAUUUCUCCUUGUUUUUGUGAGUACUUUUUAUGCUGGUGAUGUUUCAUCACAGAACACCCUGGGAAGUGUUGUUUGUUUUAUUUUCUUUUUAAUUAAAAAAAAAAUGUGGUGCA